CCUCCUCCGAACUCACUCUGUGACUGCAGUGAUGUGUCUGUUAUUCAAAGACCCCUGUUCUCCCUCGCCGUCCUCCUCAAGGGCUGCCUGCCUGGGCAUCAGCAGUUAGGACUCCUGCUCCAUAGUCCACGGAUGGGGACCUACAGCGAUUUGUGAGGAGGAACUAAGAGGCCAUGACUGACUGGCACAAUGGCACAACACCCGGCCAGCAGGAGGAUGAGAGCAGUGCUCAGGAGAGGUCAGAGUGUGUGCUGGCUUACAUCCCUGUCAUCUACUACAGUACUCUGUUGUGUGUUGGAGUGCCAGUGAACAUCCUGACGCUGGUGGCUCUUUACCGGCUGGCUGUUCGUACUCAGAAGGCCCUGUAUGUGUAUCUUCUUGCACUAACUGGCUCGGACAUCCUCAGCCAGCUGUUCAUCAUCUUCGUGGGCUUCCUGUUGGAAACGGCUGUGUUUCACCGAGACGUCCCUGUGCUGCUGCUGAGGUCAGUCAGUAUGAUGGAGUUUUCUGCCAAUCAUGCAUCUAUCUGGGCUACCGUUCCCCUCACGGUGGACCGCUAUGUCGCUUUGUGCCACCCGCUACUUCAUCGGCAGAUCAGUUACCCGGCACGGGCUCGGCGGAUCAUCGCAGUGGUGCUCACAUUGGCGCUGGCAUCCGGCGUGCCGUUCUUCUGGUGGUCGGACAUGUGGAGGGUCAGCCAUGUGCCAAACAGCUUGGAUACCGCCUUGAUUUGGACCCACGUGACUAUUAUUUACUUCCUUCCGUGCUGCAUCUUCCUGGUACUAAACUCUUUGAUCAUCCUGAGGCUCCAGAAGAGACAGCGGCAGCAGAUGUGCCAAGACGAGAGCGGGCAGCAGCUGGCAGUGCCAAGCAAGCUGGGUAAAACCACAGCUAUGCUCCUAGCAGUGACUUCUGUGUUUGCUGUCCUGUGGGCGCCUCGUACCGGAGUGGUGCUCUACCAUCUCUAUGUGUCAUCGGUGCACAGCGAUUGGCGGGUACAUCUAGCAUACGACUUAGCCAACAUGUUAGCCAUGCUAAACACUGCUGUGAAUUUCUUUCUGUACUGUUUUGUCAGCAAACCCUUCAGAGGGGCAGUGAGGGACGUCCUGUUGUUCCGGGGGGCACAUUUGCACCCACGCCACCCCCUAAAUCACCAGCACAAUGCUGCCAAUGCCUCCACCUCUUCUAUUUCCAGCUCCAAACGUUCCCAGCGAGAGGUCACCCCUCUCUCACCCAAAAGGGCAGACAUCAAGAUAUAGUCCUGCUUAAAGGGAAAGUUCACUUAAAAAUGACAAUUCUGUUAUCAUUUAAUCACCCUCAUGUUGUUUUAAACAUGUAUGACUUUUUUUUAUUGUCCAUACAUUAAAUUAAAUUAAAUAUAAUUAUUUUGACAAAAAAAAGAAAAAAAGAAAACACUGAACAAUUCUUUGGAGUAGCUUCUUUGGUGUUCUGACGAAGAAAGAAUACAGCUUGACAGAAGUCAGUAAAUAGAGACAGAAUUUUUAUUUUUGGGGGGAACUAUCCUUUAAAGCCCCAACAAAAGCAAGGUGUUGUUCUUAAAACAAAAUGUAAAAGAAUUCAAGUCUUUUAAGGAUUUAAAAGUUAAAGGUGCGGUCACAUUAGCAAAAUGUCACAUGCAAAAAAAAGGUGCAUUGUUUACUGUCAAAAGCGUAGUGAUGUAUGAAGCACGGCUCACACUGAAUUCACUUUCAAACCAAGUGAGUAACAAAACUUCUAAUCGUACAGAUUCAUAUUGCAUUGACUGGUUUUCUGCCGGGAAAUUUCACCAACAGUGAAUGUGACCGCAGUGUAAUAAAAUAGAAAAAAAAUACAGAUUUUUUUACCACAAACAGUGGAAGUAAAAUAUCCUCAUAAUAAAAUAUCCACCUGUAAUAAAACAUCCUCGUAAUGAACAGUCUCGCAUCCAUUCACGCUAUAAUGUGCACCACAGGUACUGUUAAUCUGAAUGCUGUCUUAUCUGGCCUCUGGUUAGUGACCCGAGAGAUCACUGUUUACGGUCAUUAAACAAAAGCCCAAUAAUAUUAACUUUGUAAUGAUAAGACAAGUAAGCUUUGCAGGACAUCAUAGAUAUCAAGACUUAACCAUUCCAGAAAACAUUGUAUCUUGUUCUGCAGAGCUUACUUGUCUUUUGCACUGAUCUGAAUAGUUUUGUUAUUUAUUGUCCUGUCCUCUGCAGGGAUAAAAAAAAAACAUACUCCAGUAUUUAUGAAAACAAAGAUAUUUGGCUCAUCAAAUGAGUACUAAUUCUUGUCAUUUUCCAUAAAUGGCUAUCCUUUUAAGGAAUAGGUUGAAAUAUGAAUAUUCUGUCAUCAUUUAUACACCUUUGUGUUGGUCGAAACCUGUAAGACUUCCUUUCUUCUGUGAAACACAGGUUGGUGGAACACAGUUUUCUAUAUAAGAAAAGUAAAUGGUGAUGUAUAAUAAAGCACCACAGUGACAAAAAAGCAGCAUAAAAGUAUUGGAAAACUGUUGCAUAUUGUAAAAGAUUAUCAAGGUGUUUUAAAGCCAUUAGAUAGUUUUGUGUGAGAAAAGGCUGCAAUUCAAUUCAUUAUAUGAGAAGCAAAAUGUUUCUUUAAAUUUGCAUUCAUUCAAAUAUGACACGUAUUACAUAAGUUUUGAAAGCUAUGAUGAUGGUCAUGUCACAUGGACAUCAAAAACUUUUUACGUUUGGUAGAUAAAAAAAGUUAUAGAGUUUGGGAUAACAUAAGGAUGAGUAAAUGAUGACAGAUUUUUUUUUUAAUUGUUGUAUUUUGAUAUUGUAAAAACGUGUCACGUAUUAAGUGUUUUUAUAAAUGUUGCUCAUAUUGCAGAUGAAUUAAGUUUGUUUAAACACAUACAAUAGUGUUUCAUUAACAGACUUGUCUCAUUAAUUUAUGAUCUAUCAUUCCAGACUAUAAAGUAUUUCUAUUGGUAGAUUUAAAGCCAUCUGAAAUCUUAAAUGCCAUCUUAAAUGCAACACUAAAUAAUUUUCCAUUUGAAUGUAAUUAGUAUUUGAUUUUUUUGGGAUCAAACUUAAACUGUUCCAUAAAGUUCAUAAUCGUAGGUUAUGUUGCAUGACUAAAUUAAACCCUUUCUGAACCCAUCCAGUGAAGCAGAGCACGAUGGUUGACCUUUUUAACCCCAGUGUGCAAACUGCAGACACUGGCCUAGCUGUUUAUUUUCAGUGCAUGGUGACUGGAUGAGGUUUUAAAAGGGGCUUCGACGUGGGAACACAAAGAGUGAAGACACCACUGUACAAACAGACCCAUCUGAGGGGCUCAGGCUCUGCUGAACAAAGCCAGGCUUGAGCUUCUGUGCACCCAUGCAGCAACAGUAAAAAUUUCCACUUGCUAGGAUCACCAGAGAUUUUUGUUAUCUAAUCAGAUAUUGUGUAGGACAUGCCAGCGUGUACUUAAGGAGAACAGAUUCAGAUCUUCAGCUUCAGCUCCAUCUAAAUGCAUUGAAAAAUGUGGUAUGAUUACCGAAGUCACUAUGCUUUUACAUACACACUUACCAGCUGUAUAUUCAAUUUUUUUAUUUAUUUUACAAGCACAUGCAUCGAUUUUCCUGUCAAAUUUUAUCUGAAUAAAUCUAAUGGAAGAGAGUCUGCAAGAAUCAAUUAUAUUAGUCCUUGACUGUACAAUGAUGAUUAAAUGUGUUUAGAAGACCUUUUUAUGACUAAUGGUUUAGUGAAGCAUGCGUUUGACUAAAAGGUACAUUGAAAGCUUUAAUUUAAUUAGUCUGGUGAAUUAGAGAGGAACAUUUUGAAUUUUGGUCUGAAAAAAGAAAAAAAACACUAACUCAUUUAUUAUCUGGAGCUUUGGUUAUGAACUCUUCACUUGUCCUUUUAGUUCACUUGUGUUUCUCAGCACCCAGUGUUGCACCCUGUGUCUUCUCUCCUUUCUUCUUGAUCUCUCUCUCCCUUCUCAUGAGAGGGAGCCUCUGGCCCUGCAGAUGUUAUCAGAUGUAGUCUCUUUGAAAGAAAAAUCCCCCGCUGCAUUACAAACACAGAUGCCUGAGAAGAAAGCACAUCUAUCGUUAAGGCCUUAAUACAAGCAGACGGCUGACAGCACAAGAAAGAGUCUGAAUAUUUAAGACAACAAAUAGCCUGCUCUGUUUGAGGUCAGCUUUAGAUUUGCUUAGCCUUGUGCUGCUGCUGAUUGUUUUGUCCUUGCUAUGCAUGCAUUUUGCUGCUUUACCUACAUUACAUAUGUUAAGUUUAACAUGAAAUGGCAUUCAUAACCCUGUACACUGAAAAAAAAAAAUUAAAUAAAGAAAGAAUUGGUGGAGGAUUUACUUACAAUUUUCUCUCAGAAAUUGCAAGUAAAUUUUACAGAUAAUUACAAAGAAAUGGCAAAUAAUCCACUGAAUAAAACGUAAAAUUUAGAAGUGGAAAGGAAUAUUUUCUUGUUAAACAUACGCCAGUGUUUUUUGAACAAGUCAAUAAACUUAAAAAAAUACUUUUGCAUUUGUUUGGAUUAUGAAAUAUAGGAGUUUUAUGCCAGAAUUUGCUGUCAGUUAAAAUCUGGCUGGUUAGUGUGAAACUAAAAGUAGCCAUGUUUUCUAACUAAUCUGACACAAAAAUGUCUGUGGUUCCCGUAAGCAAGGAUGACAGAUGGUGUUCUUCCUCAAAUCACUAAGAUUAAGACUUUUUUUUCUUACUUUAUUUUUAAUUAAUCUGCAAAUAAAUCAUGCACAAUAAGACCAAUAAUGCAUUUAGAAAAUGGGGUUGAAACAAGUGAUUUCAUGUUGACUUAAAUGGUUGUAAAUUACCUCAGAUAAAUGAAUGAAAUUACGACCAAUGGUGAUGACUGGCAGAUUAAAACUGCCUACCUGUUUCAUCAAUUAUGUAAUGUGAUAUACUUUAUUUUGCCUUGAUGUGAUAAUUCAUUUGUGAAAUAUGACUUAAGCUUGCACAUUAUACAUGUUUCUGUGUGAUGUGGUGUAAGAGGAUAACUGCAGAAUAGAAAUCCCCAUAAAAUGGCAUGUGGCACUUGCAUGAUACUUCCUCUAGUUGCAUUGUUGUUCAUGGUUUACAUUGUGACACACAAGCUUAUUAAAUAUGUGCACUGACAACUGAACAUUUUUUCUUUUUUUUAUGUGUUUUGAUAAUACUGAUCAUAUAUGAAAUGUCUGUGAUUAUCUAUUUAUGUGUCUGGAGUCCUUAAAAAUAAAAGAACUCAAACUGUUGCAUUUCAAUGAUGGAAAAAUUCAGAAUCCAAGCCUAUAAAAUCAG